AUUGCUUGAUGCUAUUAGUAACGCGUGUUAUUCAAACAUUCGGUUGAUAUUUAUAUUAUUUGUAAUUUGUCUGUCAUUUGUUUGUCAUUGAAUUUACAAAUAGAGCUCGUGAUUAUUAUAACAUUUCAUUAAAUAUUUAAAAAAUGGAUUUAAUUCACGAUUUCGUUGAACCGCCGACGCCUUUUCCGUAUCGAUACAGAAAAUGUAUUUACUGUAAGAAAUCAAACAUCUUCAAGGCAGUAUACAAAUGUAAGGACUGUCGAAAAGUAUGCCAUCGCAAUUGUUAUAAGGCAUUUCUAGAAAUGAAGUUAAAACGUGAAGAGGAACUAGAACUCAUGAAAUCAACUAUCAAAAUAAUUAACAAUAAUGAAAUCGUUAAGGAGACAACGCUGCACCAAUGUGACAUAGAAUUGAACAUUACUAACCAUGGUUUAACUAAUGAACUACCUAGUACAACAUCUCUCAAAUGCACUGACAUUAAAUCGAACAUUAAUGAUCAUCGUUCAAUUGUAUUAAAUGAACUGUCCAGUACAACAUCUUUGAACGUGAAUAUUUUGAAUGGUCGUAGAAUAGUUGAUAUAGGUCAUAUUUUCAACGAAAUUCAAAAUAUUCGUCAUAGUGGUGGACUUGGAUGUUCAUUUUCAGACAUGAUUUUUAAAAGAGAAGAAAUAAAUGGAUACUUCUCAAUAUUCUUUUUUCAUUGUAAAAUGUGCGGUAUCGAAAAACAAAUAUCUUCUGAAAAUACUAAGAACAUUGAAUGCAUUCCAAUAAAUAAAGCAGUAGUAAAUUCAACAAUAGCUAUAGGUAUUGGAUAUGCACAACUGUCAGAACUUUCGACUUGUAUCGAUAUACCUUCAAUGUCAUCCAAUACAUAUCAGUCAUUAUUAUCACCUGUCGGCGAAGUAGUGCAUGAUUUAGCGAAGGAUGAAAUAAAAGAGGUGGAAGGUAUAUUGCCUGUCGGCGAAGUAGUUUAUGAUUUAGUGAAGGAUGAAAUAAAAGAGCUGGUGGAAGGUAUAUUGAGUGAAAUCAUUGCACCAAAAAGCGUGCAUGAAAUAGAAGAAAAUAAAGGAGAUGAAUUGCAAAAUUCAGAAAAACAACAACAUAAGUCAUUUCUGCAGACGUACCAAGAUCCAAUUACCAGCUUAGCUGUUAACAUAUUGCAGGAUGUACAACAAAUCGAAUCAAAUAGAGUAGCUAUGGGUAAAGAAAAUUUCACCUUAGAAGAAAACAAAGAUAUUUCGGCAGUAAACGAGGAUACUAAACACGAAACAGGAUUCGAUGUACAACAAAUCGAAUCAAAUGAAGUAGCUCUGGGUGAAGAAAAUUUCGCCUUAGAAGAAAACAAAGAUAUUUCGGCAGUAAACGAGGAUAUUAAACACGAAACAGUCAUCGAUAUUGAUGCGAAUGAACUGGAAAAUGUUUUGGACGAACGGAGUCAAAAAAAGAGUUUCUGGAGAUGGCUAAUUCCAUUCUGGGGAAGAAAUCAAGUCAAAACAAAAUCAAACUCCAUCAAAAGCAACGAGUAUUUAAUGCUCAAUUUUUAAAUAUUAAAUGCAUAACCUCCAAAGGUAUAUUAUAUAUUAAAAAAACAUAGUUAAGUAUUAAGUAACCAUAGGAAGUGUCACCACUGGAUGGCUCCUUCCAUUACAACAAUAUUACUUCCAAUUGUACUUUUAUCUUAUACUCUUAUUGUAUUAAUGAUACAGAUAGUAUCUUACUAAUAAAAAUAAAAAUAAAAGAUUCUUAAGUUUUAAGGUAAUAUUAAAAAACAACCUAACUUAUAGAAAUGAUGUUUAUUUUAUUUUAUUCAAUACAUAAUGUCGUUUUAUACAUAAAGUUCAGUUUUGAAAAUACAUCAGAAAAAUGAUAACCUCCAAAAGUAAUGACAGUCAGUCAUGUUUGGCUAGAUACGUUUUUUUUUUGUCCAAAAUUAAACACGACUUAAUGAAUUAAGCAGUUAUAUAAAGACCAAGAAAAUUUCACUCCGGAAGUAUAUAAAAAAAAUUCGAUAUCAAUUGCAAAUAUUCAAUGCGUAACAAAACUCAAUCCCAAUGUGACUGAACUUGAAAAGGUAUCAAAUGGAGCUUUUUCCUAGAACAGAAUAAAAAUACUUCGAUAGCAACUAUCUGAACUAUCUACCUAACUAUUUAGCUUUUAAGAAAAAUCCAUUUUAUAUUAUUAGCUUUAGUGUUAUAGUGAAUUUAUCCAUUAUUAAACUGAAAGGUUAGAAUAUUAUCUAUGAUAUCUCAUAAUAUUUUAGUAAUAUUAUAUAUUUUCAAAGUGAGUUAGGUUCAUUUAAAUACGGUGAUAGUUUAGCCGCUAUAAAUGCAACAACCGAGGAAGCGUGUUUGCAGAAAGAACUGGAAGUUGAAAGUGAACGUUUAGCCGUCGGAAAGGAAAAACCGAAACGCCGAUCACUAUGUAAGCGCAAAAAAGAUUUUUUAGGUGCAUGUUUUGUUGUUUAGCAUAGUUUAAUCUUUUCGUGUUGUUAAAUAUUUAAUUUAAUUUUUUUAAUGGACGAACCAAUGAAAUACUUUGCCGACCAUCUGCAUAAAAUACAUUAUUUUAACAGUAAUCAGCUUAUAUAAUUAGUAUAUUUUUGUUUUGUGAAUCAGAGGUGUAAAGUUUAUUAUAAUAUAACAAGCAAACCAUGAAAAAAAAAAAUUGCUCAUUAUAUUAUGAUAAACUUUACGCCUCUGAUUCACAAAACAAAAAUGUACCUGUCAUAUAAGCUGAUUACUGUUAAAAAUCUUUUUAUGCGCUUACAUAGUGAUCGGCGAUUCGGGUUUUCCUCUCUAAUGGCUAAACGAUCACUUUAAACUUCCAGUUCUUCCUGCACACACGCUUCCUCGGUUGUUGCAUUUAUAGCGGCUAAACUAUCACCGUAUUUAAAUGAACCUAACUCACUUUGAAAAUAUAUAAUAUUACUAAAAUAUUAUGAGAUAUCAUAGAUAAUAUUCUAACCUUUCAGUUUAAUAAUGGAUAAAUUCACUAUAACACUAAAGCUAAUAAUAUAAAAUGGAUUUUUCUUAAAAGCUAAAUAGUUAGGUAGAUAGUUCAGAUAGUUGCUAUCGAAGUAUUUUUAUUCUGUUCUAGGAAAAAGCUCCAUUUGAUACCUUUUCAAGUUCAGUCACAUUGGGAUUGAGUUUUGUUACGCAUUGAAUAUUUGCAAUUGAUAUCGAAUUUUUUUUAUAUACUUCCGGAGUGAAAUUUUCUUGGUCUUUAUAUAACUGCUUAAUUCAUUAAGUCGUGUUUAAUUUUGGACAAAAAAAAAACGUAUCUAGCCAAACAUGACUGACUGUCAUUACUUUUGGAGGUUAUCAUUUUUCUGAUGUAUUUUCAAAACUGAACUUUAUGUAUAAAACGACAUUAUGUAUUGAAUAAAAUAAAAUAAACAUCAUUUCUAUAAGUUAGGUUGUUUUUUAAUAUUACCUUAAAACUUAAGAAUCUUUUAUUUUUAUUUUUAUUAGUAAGAUACUAUCUGUAUCAUUAAUACAAUAAGAGUAUAAGAUAAAAGUACAAUUGGAAGUAAUAUUGUUGUAAUGGAAGGAGCCAUCCAGUGGUGACACUUCCUAUGGUUACUUAAUACUUAACUAUGUUUUUUUAAUAUAUAAUAUACCUUUGGAGGUUAUGCAUUAAAUACUCGUUGCUUUUGAUUGAACUCAAUUUUGUUUUGACGAUUUCCUCAGUCGCUAAAUCUUUUUGAGCUUCUUUUCAAUGUAUUUUAAUUUAAACUAUUAAAAAAUAUGUUCCUAAUCA